AUGGCAGCCUCACUUCAAGCUGCAGCAACUCUGAUGCAACCCACCAAAGUGGGAAGGAACUCCUCCUCCAACAACACCUUCCUCCAAUUGAGGUCUUCCCAAAAUGUGUCCAGGGCUUUUGGUCUGGAGCCAGCUGCCUCUGCUAGAGUCACCUGCUCUCUUCAGUCUGACCUCAAGGAGUUGGCACAGAAGUGUGUCGAUGCCACCAAGAUUGCUGGCUUUGCUCUUGCCACCUCUGCUCUUGUUGUCUCGGGAGCUGGAGCAGAAGGAGCGCCGAAGAGGCUGACCUUCGACGAGAUCCAGAGCAAGACCUACAUGGAAGUGAAAGGCACAGGAACAGCCAACCAAUGCCCCACCAUCGACGGCGGAUCCGACGCCUUCUCCUUCAAAGCAGGGAAAUACCAGGCCAAGAAAUUCUGCCUCGAGCCAACUUCCUUCACCGUGAAAGCCGAAGGAAUCAGCAAGAACUCCCCUGCAGAAUUCCAAAACACCAAGCUCAUGACCAGGCUCACCUACACCUUAGACGAAAUGGAAGGUCCCUUCGAGGUCUCCCCCGACGGCACCGUCAAAUUCGAGGAGAAAGACGGCAUCGACUACGCCGCCGUCACUGUCCAGCUCCCCGGAGGCGAGAGGGUCCCCUUUCUUUUCACGGUGAAGCAGCUGGUGGCUUCGGGGAAGCCAGAGAGCUUCAGUGGGGAGUUUUUGGUGCCGAGCUACAGAGGUUCUUCGUUCUUGGACCCCAAGGGCAGAGGUGGGUCGCAGGGGUAUGACAAUGCGGUGGCUCUGCCCGCCGGCGGGAGAGGUGAUGAGGAGGAGCUGGCGAAGGAGAAUGUAAAGAACGCGGCGGCCUCGAAAGGGAAGAUUACCCUGAGUGUGACCAAGAGCAAGCCGGAAACAGGGGAGGUGAUCGGGGUUUUCGAGAGCAUUCAGCCGUCGGACACCGAUUUGGGGGCCAAGGCGCCCAAGGAUGUUAAGAUUCAGGGGGUUUGGUAUGCUCAGCUUGAUUAA